AAGCCCCAGGCAAAGCCUAAGACGGACAAGGUCUUUGCUCCACGCAACACCUGCUGCUGCCGCCGCCCGCAAUGAUCCGCGUGGUUUCACUGCUGCUGAGCGCCGCGCUGCUCUGCGGCCACGGAACCCUCGGCCGCCGGGUGGUUAGCGGCCAAAAGGUGUGUUUUGCUGACUUGAGGCAUCCGUGCUACAAAAUGGCUUACUUCCAUGAGCUGUCCAGCCGCGUGAGCUUCCAAGAAGCCCGCCUGGCUUGUGAGACUGAGGGAGGCGUCCUCCUCAGCCUCGGGGAUGAGGCUGAGCAGAAGUUGAUAGAGAGUAUGUUGCAAAACUUGACGAAACCUGGAACAGGAAUUUCUGAUGGUGAUUUCUGGAUUGGUCUUUGGAGAAAUGGAGAAGGGCAGAACUCUGGUGCCUGCCCUGAUCUCUACCAGUGGUCUGAUGGAAGCAGUUCUCAGUACCGAAACUGGUACACAGAUGAACCUUCCUGUGGAAGUGAAAAGUGUGUUGUUAUGUACCAUCAGCCAACCGCCAAUCCUGGUCUCGGGGGUCCAUACCUUUACCAGUGGAAUGAUGACAGGUGUAACAUGAAGCACAAUUACAUCUGCAAGUACGAGCCAGAGAUUAUUCCAACAGAACCUGUAGAAAAACCUUAUCUUACAAAUCAACCAGGAGACACCCAGGAAAAUGUGGUUGUUACUGAAGCAGGCAUUAUUCCCAAUCUUAUUUAUGUUGUUAUACCAACAAUACCCCUGCUCUUACUGAUACUGGUUGCUUUUGGAACCUGCUGUUUCCAGAUGCUACAUAGAAGGAGAGCAAGGAGAAACUUCAUGAAAGACUCAACUCCAUUUUCAUCUGAGUGCCUUCCAGAAAAUUUAAAUGCCAAUCUGUAAAGGAAGAACAAAAACUAGCCCAAACCAAUCCACACUGUGGAUUUCGAAAAGUACCAGAAAGGAAAGUGGCAUGGAAGUAUAAGGACUUGUUGAUUGGGCUCCAGAAAAGAGUUUCGUAAUUCUGGAUCCAUAUAAGGAAUGGCAUCAGAACAUUAGCUUGGAAUGGCUUGAACUCUCAAAGGACAUGCAAGAUGAAGUGUAAGCUCCCCCUUGAGGCAAAUAUUGAAAUAAUUUUAUAUGUUUGUUAUUUCAUUUACAAAGAUGUGCUGUGCUGAUAUGCGCUGUGCUAAUAAUGGAGUGAGAUAAGCUUAUUUUGCUAAAGGAUGCACCAAACUUCACGUAAAUGGAAUGGACCACCCUGCUAACGUUGGUGUCAACACUUAGCAGUUUGUUGGAAGCAAUUAUUUUUAUUUUUUCAACUUUCACAAGUUGUAAUCUAGUUGAUGUAAAGAAAAUUGUAGUGAAAUUUACACUGUGCAAAAAUAUUUUACCUUUGCAUAAGCAUUUGAUAAAAAUGAACUGUUCUUAUA